AUGACGCCGACGCUCAAUCUUGCAGCCGUAGGUUUUCCGCUCCGUUUCUCUUCCUCUGCAGCCUCUACCCACCGGACCUCCGUCCGCGCCGUCGCGGCGCAAGACGUUCAGACGCGGCUGCCGGCCGCGAGCCUCUACGAGGUGCUACGAGUCGAGCCCGACGCGUCCCCGACGGAGAUCAAGUCGGCGUACAGGAGCCUCGCGAAGCUCUACCAUCCUGAUGCUGUGGUGCGGCGUUCGCCGGACAUCAGUGGUGCCGGCGAAGUGGGCGACGGAGACUUUAUUCAGAUCCGAAGCGCGUACGAGACGCUGUCGGAUCCCUCGGCGAGGGCUAUGUACGAUCUGACGCUGACGGCGGCGCACGGCGGAAGAAACCGCCGGUUUCCGAUUCCGCUAAGUCGGAACCAUUCGUCCACGUUCUACGCGACGCGAAGAUGGGAAACGGACCAAUGCUGGUAG